UAUCUGUCGCGUUUCCGCCCAAAAAGGAUUUUGAAGCUCGAAGUGCGGAACCCUCUGCUAAAACCUCCAUUUUCUCUAAGCUCGGAAAUUAUAGCCAUGGCCGACGAGGGUCCACCAUCGGAGGUCUCGGUGACGGUGGAUAAACCGAAGGUGGACGAAAGCCUGAACGCCAGUGAGGUCACCAUUGAGUCCAAUGCCCAGGGAGGCGUCGAGUCGUCUUCCAAUUGUUCCAAUGACAAGAACGCCGCUACUGAAGCCACUGCUCAGACCUCCGAUGGAAGCGGUGAGAAAUCGUUGGAGAUGGCGGAAGAGUUGCUGGAGAAAGGAUCCAAGGCCAUGAAGGAUAAUGAUUUUAACGAGGCUGUCGAUUGCUUCAGCCGCGCCCUCGAGAUUAGAGCUGCACAUUAUGGUGAACUGGCUCCAGAAUGCGUCAAAUUGUACUACAAAUAUGGAUGUGCUUUAUUGUAUAAAGCCCAGGAGGAGGCAGAUCCACUGGGAGCUGUUCCAAAGAAAGAGGGUGAAUCCCAUCAAGAAUCAGAUAAAGAUGGAUCUGUGAAGAGUGCUGUAAAUGGUGAAUCUUCAAAAGCUUCUGUUUCAAGUAAUGCUGAACUGGUGGAUGGAGUAACGGAUGAUGUUUCCAGUAAGAAAGAUCAGGAUGAAGAAGAUGCCGAUAAUAGUGAUGCCGAAGACUUGGCAGAGGCAGAUGAAGAUGAAUCUGACCUGGAUUUAGCUUGGAAAAUGCUGGACGUUGCCAGAGCAAUAGUUGAAAAAGAUUCGGGUGACACAAUGGAGAAAGUGGACAUAUUGUCGGCCUUGGCAGAAGUUGCUCUAGAAAGAGAGGACAUUGAAACUUCCCUCAGUGACUACCAGAAAGCGUUAUCAAUUUUAGAAAGACUUGUUGAACCCGACAAUCGACAACUUGCCGAACUAAACUUCCGUUUAUGCUUGUGUCUGGAGUUCGGUUCCAAGCCGCAGGAAGCCAUUCCAUUUUGCCAGAAGGCAAUAUCAAUCUGCAAGUCACGUGUGCUGCGGCUCACCGACGAAGUAAAGAGUAUCCUGGUACCAACGACAGCUUCUUCUACAUCGGGGUCGGAACCAGCUGCCCAGCUGUCCUCCAAUGUCUCCCAGAUUGACACUGACAACGCUGCAUCAGAGAAACAAUCUGAGAUUGAAACUCUAUCUGGGCUUUUGGUUGAGCUAGAAAAGAAGCUUGAAGAUCUGCAACAGCUAGCCUCAAACCCGAAGUCAAUUCUCUCAGAAAUCCUUGGGAUAGGAUCAGCUAGGUCGAAAGUCAAUGAAAAGAGCGCACCUCCAGCAGCGUUGAACUCUUCCCAGUUGGCUUCAGCUAACAGCAAUGGAGGAUUUGACUCUCCGACUGUCUCAACUGCCCACACAAACGGUGCACCCGGAGUGACACACCUUGGUGUCGUCGGAAGGGGAGUCAAACGAGUAUCUACAAACUCAGAAUCUGCUGAAUCAAACCCAAUGAAGAAACCGGCAAUAGAUUCAUCAUCACAAGAUAAAGGUGAUGGCAGUUCUGCCUGAAGUUCUUGAAUUCACUUACUCUGAAAUUAGAUAUCCCAAACUGCAUAUCAGUAAAUCUAGUUUAGAAGGUGAAAAAAAAAAUAACAAAAAAGAAUCUUCCUGGCUGUGGCUGUUAUCCUUUUCAUGUAUGUUUGUACUAUGUUUGACCAAUAUUUACCCUAUAUGAUGUUUUUACAGACUUCUUAAAUCUUAGAUUUAGUGUAGUAACCAACAGCAGUUUUACAGUAAUACAUCUGGGUUUUACACUUUCA